AUGCAGGUCCCAGACAUUGACCAGGCUCACUGCCUUGCCUUCUUGUCAAGGCUCAUUCAAAUCAAGAGCUACUCGCAGACCGAUGGUGAGCUAGAGGCAACGGAUUUCAUGGCCGAGCAAAUGAGAAAGAUUGGACUGGAGUCGGCUAUUUGCCCGUUCGACAACGGCCGCCGUCAAAAUGCGAUAGGGAUCUGGAAGGGCCACCAUUCAGUGUCAGCAGCGAGCAACAAAGUCCCCAAAACGCUACUCUUCAAUGGACAUCUAGACACAAAUCCUGUCUCCGAAGGUUGGACGAUCGAUCCUUGGGAGGGAAAGAUUGAUAACGAGUUUAUCUACGGCAUUGGAGUCAGUAACAUGAAAUCUGGCUGUGCCGCGUACUUUUGCGCCGUUGAAGCGCUGCUUAAGGCUGGCUGGCGGCCCAGAGGCAAUGUUGUCCUAACCUAUGUGGUUGGUGAGCUUCAGGGAGGCGUUGGUACAAUGGCCCUCAUUGAUCAAGGAAAGAUCAAUGCCGAUUGUUUUGUUAACUGCGAACCGUCGGAUAUACAAGCAGUCACAAUGCACGCGGAAGCUCUGGUCUUCGAGAUUGAGAUUGUUGGAGUCACUCGACACAUGUCAGCCAAGGAGGAGGCAUCCGAUGCGAUCCUGGCGGCAUGUGAGCUGAUUCCCCAGAUGGCACGUAUGAAAUUCCGUGGAGCCGAGAGCAGUGAGCAUGAAAAGUGCAACAGAUGUUCAAGACCUGCCCAAGUAGCGGACGUAUGCAAGCUUGCUGGAAGUGCGCGCUACGCUCCUGGCCAGACACAAGAAGGUGUCAUGGCUGAUAUUCGCGAAUUAGUGGACACGGUAGUUGGUAAUUAUGCUGGUAUGUCGGCUACUGUCAAGCAGCGAUUUGAGCCUACAAUGCCGGCUUUUGAGGUGCCAAGAGACUCACAGAUAGUGAGAGCCCUGAACAAGGCCUAUCGCCAGUUUCGCAACUACGAGCAGCCAACAGGGGUUCUUGCGCCGACUUGCUUCUAUGGAUCCGACGCUGGCCACCUGUUCAAAACUUUGGGGAUGGAAGGUAUUGUCUGUGGUCCUGGAGGGAAGUACAACACCCGGCCGGAUGAGAAAGUAGACAUUCCGGACUAUCUUGACUGCAUCAGAAUGUUCAUGCGUCUGAUCGUCGAUAUCUGUGGUUGA